AUGAACGACAACGACAGCACGCCGGCAACCAUACCGAACAGUCCGUCGAGGACACCCCCGAAGAGUCCCAGCGAGUUUGGAAGCGAAUCGAACUCGGACGAGAUCCGCAGCGCGUUCGUGCCCAUCAGAUUGAACACCCUGCCGCCCACCACGUCGGUGAUCACCGCGUCCUCCUCGUCACCGGAGAGAAUCGUGCCGAAAAAACCCGUCGAGGGCACGAGGAACAAAUUGAAGAUGCCAGUGUCGCCGAACAGAACUCCAUCGCCGACCAAGAUCUCGUCGCCGCUGCCGGCCAAAGCGGUUUGGAGGCCUUAUUAAAACGACAGGGUGAGGAGCGCUCGGUGAAACGAGGAUACAAUUCUCGCUGGAAGGCUAGUGAUUUCUUAGACGUUGUCGGUGGAUUGUAUAGUCUCCGUGUCCGGUGGAGAGGUUGGCCGACGUUAAACGGAGGCAACAGAGGACGAGUUCUCUUCGUUGAUUUCGUCCGUGUCGUUUCAAUGGCAGGAAUGAACGACAACGACAGGUCGUUCUCGGUUUUACGAGGACGAUUUCUAAACCAUGGUUACCUGAUACGAUUUCGUACAGUAACUUCGCGACGAUCGAUCGUUCGCUGGUCAUGUUCGAUCGCUCGAUCCGUGUGUACAUUCGCGUACGGUUAAUUAUUGUAAAUAUAGAUGGACAGUUUGUAUAUAUACGUGUAGAUAGUUCGUGGACAAUAAUAUAGAGAAGAAAGAUAUUAUAUGUACACUUCGUUGUGUAUAGGAACGAGUGUGUGUGCGUGUGCGUAUGUUCGAGUAAAGAGAGAUUAAAAGACAGAGAUAUUGAUAUUAUUUAUAAGCCAGAGAUCUAAUUUAAUGUAUAAACACAGAUGUUAUUAUAUAGAUACGCAACGAGACGAAUA